AAAAUCGAGAAAAGUGAAAACAUAAGGAGCACUGAGCGGAAUAACAUUAUUUUGUAUUGAAAAUUGCGCUCGAACUUUUAUCUCCUAUAUUGAUGCUUUCUCGUCUCAGCCUCAAUCGCAUUCUCCUCAGAUUAAAUUUUUCCAAAAUCCACUGGAUGGACAGCGAGAGCUCGUCGAGCGGCGACGGUCCGCGGCCUCAGUUUGGCAACCGGCACCUUCGCAAUCCUGACGAUGUCUUCCAGCACAACGCUUGGGACGAUGUGCAGUGGGAUGAGGAGCAGCAAGAGCACGCUAAGAAGAUGGUCGAGCAGAAUUCGGAAGUGCGCAUGUGUGUCGACGAGGCGCAGCGGAUCGAGGCUGAGGCUGGACACCUGUGGGACAAGUUCUACGGCAUCCACCAGAACCGAUUCUUCAAAGACCGCCAGUGGCUGUUCACUGAGUUCCCGGAGCUGCUGCCAAAAGAGGGAAAUCAAGAAAGAAUUAACGUCCUUGAAGUCGGCUGCGGAGUGGGCAACAGUGUCAUCCCGCUGGUGCGGACGGUGGCCGACCCCAACUUCUUCGUGUAUGCUUGCGACUUCUCUGAGACGGCUGUGAAGCUCCUGCAGCAGGAAGACAGCUACGACGAGUCACGGUGCAAGGGCUUUGUGUGCGAUGUGACCGCCGAGGAAUGGCCAACUCCCUUCCCGCCGCUCAGUCUGGACCAUGUGCUGCUCGUAUUCAUGCUGUCUGCUGUCCACCCAGACAACAUGGGCCACGUAGCUCGACAGCUGUUCAAUUACCUGAAGCCUGGCGGAAUGGUGUUUUUCCGGGACUAUGGGCGCUAUGACUUGGCGCAGUUGCGUUUCAAGAAGGGCAAGUGCAUCACAGACAAUUUUUAUAUGCGCGGCGAUGGCACCAGGGCCUACUUCUUCACCAAGGAGGACCUGCGCAGGAUUUUCUGUGAGGCGGGCUUUCAAGAAGAGCAAAUGCUCGAGGACCGCAGGCUUCAAGUCAACAGGGGCCAAAAGCUAAAGAUGUACAGGGUCUGGAUACAGGCCAAGUUUCGAAAACCGAUGUAGAAUAAAUUAAUGAUAUUUUUA